AUGAAUAUAUGGAGUGAAGUUCAGCUAACUACAGUGGAAAUAAUUUUCAUCCCUAUUAAUGUUGAAGAUCAUUGGAUCUCGAUAGUUGCAAAGGUGAAAAAGAGAAAACUUGAAUUUUAUGAUCCUCAGGGUGUCACAAAUGUACAGGAUAAUAAACGUUACAAACACAUACUCAGUUUGUUGGAAAAAGAGCUAAAGAAUCUUUUUAAGAUGACAGAAGACUGGAUAAUGUCAAGUCCACUACAUGUAAACCAAAAUGACAAUAUGAGCUGUGGUUUGUUUGUAUGCUUUUAUGCUUAUAAAAUUAAAAAUAAUCUUGAUAUAGCAUGCAAUCUGAAUACUUUUGAGUUUAGAAGAUUUAUGUACAAUUUCUUAGAAGAAGAAUGUUUGGCAGGUGAUAAAUAUAUACAACCUAAUGAUUCUCAAUAUGCCAUCAAGGACAUUUGA